UAAUCUUUGUGUGUGGAACGGGUCGAAAGAUGGCGCUGCGAUCGCCGUGGCCGCUGCGAAAGCGGCCGUCGUACAUACGUGCUGUUCAACGGCUGCUGUUCACUGAGACUGGUGUGUGGGGCGAGCUGACGAACUCGGAGCGGCUGGCGGCCGAGCGGGCCUGGCUGGCGCGGGUUAGCGCCGCGCCGGCGCCGCCGGAACCUGGCCAGCCCAGCGCCUACGUGCUGGCCAUGUUCCCCUACCCGUCCGGCCGGCUGCACAUGGGCCACGUGCGCGUGUACGCCAUCAGCGACGCGGUGGCUCGUUUCCAUCGGCUCAUGGGCAAGCAGGUGAUCCACCCGAUGGGCUGGGACGCGUUCGGACUGCCGGGCGGAGAAUGCCGCGCUCGAGCGCCGCUGCCGGCCGACGAGUGGACGCACGACAACAUCGCGCACAUGCGCCGCCAGCUGGAGCGCAUGGCCUGCUGCUUCGACUGGGGCAGCGAGCUGACCACCUGCCGACCCGACUACUACCGCUGGACACAGUGGCUCUUCCUGCGGCUCUACCGCGCCGGCCUCGUAUACCGACGAGAGGCGCUGGUGAACUGGGACCCGGCCGACGGCACGGUGCUGGCCGACGAGCAGGUGGACGAGCAGGGCCGCUCGUGGCGCAGCGGCGCGCUCGUCGAGCGGCGCCACCUGCGCCAGUGGUUCGUGCGCACCACGCGCUUCUCGGAGCGGCUGCGGCGCAGCCUCGACUCACCGCAGCUGCGGGACUGGCGCGACAUCGUCCAGCUGCAGAAGCAUUGGAUCGGAGAGUGCGACGGCUGGAAGUUCGAGCUGAAGGUGGAGGACACCACCGACCCGGACUCGCGGCCGGACCCGCUCCUGCUCUGGACAGCCGACCCGCGCCGCUUCGCCCGCGCCUCCUUCAUCGGCCUGCGCUCGGAGCACGCGCUGGCAAGACGCCGGCCCUCCGGCGGCGGCGCGGCGACGCCCCUCAGCGCGCUGAACCCGGCGACGGGCGGCCGGCUGCCGCUGCUCGUCAGCGACGCGCUGACCUUCCCCGACGGCGCCGACGCCCUGCCCCGGCUGCCCGCGUCGGGCGGCGGCGGCGGCUCGCCACUGCUGGAAGCCACGGACUGGCUCAAGGUCGACUGCCCGAGCUGCGGAGGACCGGCGCAGCGCGAGACGGACACCAUGGACACAUUCGUCGACUCGUCCUGGUACUACCUGCGCUUCCUGGACCCGCACAACUCGAACGCACCCUUUGACCCUGACAAGGUCAACGCGCACAUGCCGGUCGACAUCUAUGUCGGCGGAAAAGAGCACGCCGUGCUACACCUGUACUACGCGCGCUUCAUCCACCACUUCCUGCACUCGCUGGGGCUGGUGACCUGUGAGGAGCCAUUCUCGCGUCUGCUGGUGCAGGGCCAAGUCAUGGGCCAGAGCUACCGCGUCACCGAGACGGGCCGCUACCUCCGGCCCAACCAGGUGCAGAUGUCAGAGUCAGGAGAUGCGGUGGACGUGGACUCCGGCCGGCCGGUCACCGUCCAGUGGGAGAAGAUGUCCAAGUCGAAACACAACGGCGUGGACCCGGCGGAGGUGAUUGGCGAGCUGGGCGCCGACACCAUGCGGCUGCUGAUGCUGGGGACGGUGGCGCCCACCUCGUCACGACACUGGUCCAGCGACUCGUUCCCGCCGCUGCUGGCCUGGCAGCGCCGGCUCUGGAUGACGGUCGGCGACCUCCUGCGCCUGCGGUCCGCCCCCGCCCCACCGGCGGGGUCGGGGGCAGGGGACGAGGUGGAGCUAACGCGGCUUGAAGCGGAGAUGAGGGAGACGCGUAACUACUUCGUCCGCACCGUCACGCUCAACUUCCAGGAGACGCAUCAGCUGAGCGUGGCCAUCACCCGACUGCAGGGACUCACCACGGCACUGAGGAGGCUGCCCGCCUGGUACCAGGCGCAGAGUGCAGAAUACGAGCGCGCGCUCGGUGACCUGCUGAUCAUGACGUCACCGGUCAUGCCGUGCCUGGCCGCAGAGAUGUGGGCCGCAUUUACCAGUGUUGUGCGACACGCCCACCCCAGCCACCAGCAGGACUGCACGGUGCUGGAGCAGCGCUGGCCA